AUAUGGACAGUUGAUCACAACACUAUUAUCGCAUUUACGGAGAUGAUCUAACAGCGGCGAACGAUGCAGAAUCUUUAUUUUGUCUAGUUGUUUCUGAUUGGCUGCUACCUUGGAUACCAAUGAUUUGUUUGUCACCGCUUUAAGUCACCAUGGUGACAGACUGUGAACAAUAUGACUUGCCAUAAUUCCAAGCUAUGGACCUGGAAAGUGUGAGUCCACCAUGUUCGAGUGUUCUGAUUGGAUAUCAAAGAAACCACACAAGGAAACUGACUCGGUGGAUAUAAUUAAUGAGCAUUUGUAUCGAUUCAUUGGGAAGCCAUGCAACUCAAACUCAUCAUGCUUGUGGACCGACCAAUCAGGCAAAAUAUGAUGAAAGUAUAGUGGCCAUCAAUCCUGGACAAUAGGCCUUGCAAGUCACUUGGAGAAGACUCAAGUUGAAGCAACCCGGACUUAAUAGCUCCAUGCUCUUCCUUACUGCUCAGACCACCGUGGAACUUCCUCCAUGCCCAGACAGACAUUAGUUGUUAUUGUGGAUUGUGACUUUAGGAUUGUGACUCCGAGACUCGACGACGCCGCCACUGGAUUCACACUGCUGUAGAAAAUUUGAACCUCUUGCUGCCUGAACCGUCAUCCUUCACUUAGCGAGACACCACACAAGUAUCUCCCUUUGGACCAUGUGCUGUUCCAUGUUGUGACAACAGCACCACCACUAUAUUGUGAUGAUUAAUACCAGACAACUACAUGAAGUCAUUGGUAGACCACUCAGGAUGAAGAAACUCUGAAAGUUAAAGGCUUUGUGUUUCUGUCUGAGGUAACAACAACGUCAGUGGACUCGACAUGCAGUCCGCUACAGGGAGCCGUAGGAGUGAUACCACGGAUAUCCCAACGUUCCUGACCAUGACCAGCGCGCACGGCAACACAGCCAGCGGGCGUCGCCGGCGGCCUGAUGCCGUCGAGAGAGGCUUCAUGUCGGUCAGUGCCGUGGAGUUCAAUCGGCCUCGACGACGGGCGCGGCUCAGUUUCCCACCGAAUGAAGCCGAUUUACCAAAGAAGGGACAGAAGAAAUCCUCACUUCAACCAAUGGCGGACGAGGUGCGAUACGGACAGAAUGGACGGCCAAAGUUCAUGUCUGCAUCCUUCACUCCUGGUCAGUUUGGGGAUCAUGGUUUCCUGCGAGGUACUGAGAGGAGGAUCAGUGCAAGUAAUAGUAAAGUCAUCGUGUCGUACCUCAGGAAGCAAUUACGGCAGCGUCUUGUCCAAGGAGCGGGAUCUGAUGAUUUGUCUCUUAGUGAUGAGGAAUCUACGGGUGAUGAUGCAACACUUCGCAUACCUGGCAAAAUGCAUGUUGGGAGACACAACAUGUUCUCUAGGUACACUGAUCACGGAGGUCGAAUGAGCCGUGAAAGCCAGGUCAGUGCAGAAGGUCAAAGGUCAGAUGAGGUCACACGCGAAGGAGCUGACCAAUCACCAUCGAGACAAUCGAGUGCACAUUCAAUCCUACCUCAGGUCAUUGUUGGAAGUAACAAGGCGUCGGAACCUAAAGAAAGUGAGGUUAGGGCGUUGGAAUUGUCAAACGGCAAAAUGCCAGCACUUGCCGAUAGCAGAACUGGAAACGAUACUUCACCAUCGGGGGAAACCACUACUGUUAAUGCAGAACCUUCAAAGCCAUCAGUAACAAAGACUGUUGAUGUUACCCAGAAGGUUUAUAGGAGUGGCUCCCCUGCUUUGAGUGUAAAGUCACUAAGGUCCACUGGUAGUGGUGAUAGCCAUGAUAGUUACCAUGAGGAUGGACAGGGGGCACCACACUUGCCUAAAAUUGGACGAGUGUUGAGUGGACACUCCAAUAGACCCUCCUCGUCUUUAUCAGUGGAUGAGGAUAUUCGUCUUCCGGCGAUCGGCAAAGAAGCCAGAGUAACGGAAAGUGCCCAAAUGAGAACUGACGAUAGUCCCGAGUUGAAAACUGAUGACCCAGUAAAUGAGGAUGAAUCUCAGGUCACAUUGGUCAGUGAUGUGGCAGAAGAGGCCUCAUCACCCACUGAUGAAGUAGACAGCUGUAUCCCUCCACGGGAGGAAGUUAGUCCCGUCCCAAGCCAGUAUCCGUUGAUAAAGGAUCUGGAGAUUGCCGAUUGCGGAAAGGAAGAAUGCAUCAAGCAAGUGAUGAAGGGAUGUUUUGACCUGGAAUAUUUGGUGGAAAGAAAGAUCAUCCGAAUAUUCGUCUCAUCAACGUUUUCAGAUUUUGAAGCAGAGCGGACAACCUUAGUAUCCAAGGUUUACCCUCGUCUGCGCUCCUACUGUAAGGAGCGAGGCUAUGAGUUUCAAGUGUGUGAUCCACACUGGGGGAUCAAGGAUGUCACUGAUGAUAGCCACACCUAUGCGCAGCAUUGCCUGUCUGAGCUGAGAGAAUGCCAGAGGGUAUCAAUAGGACCCAAUUUUGUGUCUAUCCUUGGCCAGAAGUAUGGUUAUCCACGAGUGCCAGCGACCAUCUCGCUAGAUGAUUUUGAAGCAUUGAUCUCAGCGCUGCAAACAGCAAGAGAACACACUCUACUAUCCCGACGAGCAUCUAGGAUUUCUCAGUCAGAUACAUCCUCUAUCGGGGACGGACAAGAGUAUCGUGAAAGGCGUUACAGCAACCUGUCAACUAUGACGCAUAACAAGACUUCUGUAAGCGAACCUCCAAAGAUGAGCCUAACAACGACGAUAGAAGAAGGUGACCAACAACAACAACAACAACAACAACAACAACAGGCAGGGCAGUCAAGAAGAGUGUCAGAGAACAAGAAACCCCAAGCAACCCCCCCAGCUCACUUCCGAGACAAAGGUGUCCUCAUGAUAAACGCGGUUAGAGCAACCGACCUGGUUAAGAGACGUUGGCCUACAGCUCUACUGGUGUUCAUAGAAGACUCCAUUGAUGGUGGAGGGGUGUUUGAUUCAGAUGCUGAUCUGGACAAGUAUACCGAGAAGGAAUAUGAUAAUGACCUGAGCCUUAUCAAGAGUUGGUAUCAAGUGGAUGAGAACUGCGUCCCUCCUUGCUAUAAACUCCAGAAUCUGAGUUCUAUGUUCAAAGAUGUACUGAGUAAUGACAAGCAGAAAAGACAGAGGUUUAAGAAUCAGUGGAUCGCAGUCCAACGACGUCUGCAGAGAAUCCUGCACAGAUAUCUGAAGAGUGACGAGCAACAGAAAGAAUACUUCCUCACAGUCACUGAGAAGGAGGUAGAGGCUGGUAUCCUCAGCCCGACCAGAGAGGUUCACGGGAGAGUCUUGUCAUUCAAGAGAUUCAUCACUGAUCUCCAAGCUCAUCUUCAAGACUACAACGCAAGGGAUUACAUCGACCUUCAUCCAGUCAAGCCAGAAGUCAACGCACUAUCCCAGGAGAAGGUCGAUGACCUCAAGGAGGUCAAAAUUCCAGAAAAGUUGAAGUACACAGACAUCCAUGAAUUCACAACUGACUGGCAUAAAGAUGGCAUCAACCCAUCCGUCAGUCGUCCCCAUGCCCACUACCUGGACAAAUUUGGCAACGAGUUCUACGACGCGUUGAAGGUGAUGAUAGACAGCGCCGCCAGUGUCCAGUCUAGGUCCAGUGUGGUUUCUGAUGACAAUGCUUUCUACUGGCGAGUCGUACCGCAUGUCAAUUUUGUACAAGAAAGUGUCAAGUCUUUCCAUGGAUGUGGAGACAUUUUGACAAGUAUCAAGUGUUACAUCAGGAGCAACUCCCAUCAUCCUUUGCUCAUCCAUGGUAAAUCAGGCAGCGGGAAGACAUCCCUGGUUGCCAAGGCAACAGAACUGGUCAGAAGUUGGAUGAAAAGUGAGGACGCAGCUGUAAUGGUUCGCUUCAUCGGACUGACAGCAGAAUCUCAACACAUUCGCAGGCUUCUGACAGACAUCUGUACACAGAUCUGUCAUGUUUACGACCAAGAUGCCUCGUCAGUUCCAGAGGAUUACUUUGGUCUGAUGAAUGACUUUGAGCACCGUCUACGCUCAGCCACAGCCCAGAAACCUCUUGUUCUCUUCAUCGAUGCGCUGGAUCAGCUCUCAGAUGAGAACAACGCUCGCAAUCUUGCCUGGCUUCCCAAGUCCCUACCAGAACAUGUGCAUCUUGUGGUUACCACGGUAACGCAUGAGGAGGAGCAACAUGAAUGCUUCAAAGUGUUGAAGAGAGCUCUGCCAGAGAGUAGUUCGGUACCCAUGCCUGAUCUCAGUCUCGGCGACAUAGCCUUCCUUCUGAGUCACCGUCUAGCUGCCAGGAAUCGUAGAGUGACAUCAGAGCAGCAUGCAGCAGUCAUGAAGGCGUGUGAGGAGAACGCGAUCCCACUCUACGUGUCAAUGGCAGCUGACGAAGCCGCUAGGUGGUCAAGUCACAUGACCGGGAGGGCGCUCUUCGUGCCAGUGAAUCUGAAGAAGCUUGUCAAUCACGUCAUGAUUCGUAUGGAGUCAACCUUUGGUGAGCCACUAGUCCGCCGUACCCUCGGCUACAUCACAGCAGCUCCCAGCGGUCUGACAUGGUCAGAGCUGGAAGAUCUCCUGUCAUUGGAUGAUGCCGUCAUGAAUGACGUCGUAGCUCACAAUGGUACGCCACUCCGUCGACUCCCACCGGUGCUGUGGUGUCGACUGAGAGCGGAGCUUGAGCAGUAUCUGAUACUGGGCAGAGUGGAUGGAUGCUGGACUUAUAGAUGGAGACACAGAGAGUUCCAAGAAUGCGCAACGGAAAGGUAUCUGAAGCAGAAAGACAAGGCACCGUCCUAUCAUACAGCCAUCAGUGAAUACUUAAUGAGUAAAUGGGCAGGAGUCAAGAAACCAUACUCAGGCAACGACGCUGGAGCUGAUCGAUUCAUUGAUCCUAUGCCCCUUGCGUGGAACCACUUCUUCCCAAAUGGGACACACAAGCACGUCUACAACCUACGCAAGCUGAACAAACUUCCAUAUCAUCUCCUACACGCUGCUCAGAUGGACAAACUCAAGACAGAAGUCUUGAUCAACUAUGAGUGGACUCUGGCCAAGCUGCAUGCUACGUCACUCCGUGCCGUCCUGGAUGACAUACACAGCGCCCUCAUUGUUCAACCGAAUGACCUAGAGCUGCGACUAAUGAGCGAGACGUUACAGUUAUCGGCCGGGGCACUCUCCAAGGACCCAAAUCAGCUGGGAUCACAAUUGAUGGGACGAUUGUACAACAUCAUCAAAUCCGACAAACCCAUGUCGGUGGGUGACCCCAAGAAGUACCCCACAGUGGCUACCCUGCUUGCCGGGCUAACGAGGAGCUCUGUACCCCUUCUGAUGCCCUCAGCCACCUGUUUAUCCCAGCCUGGUGGGGUGCUCUUUGAUUUAUUGGCCGGUCACACCAAUGUGAUAACAGCAGUGAGUGUAUCGCCGGACGGCAGUGUUGCGGGGACGGCGUCUAAGGAUGGCACCGUCAAGUUGUGGGAUCUCAAGACCAGGAAGGUUGUGAAGACUCUGCCGAACGUUGGAACAGAGAUCACCAACAUAUGCUUUGCACUCAACAACCACAUUCUGGUUGCCGUUACACACAACACCAUCCAUGUGUGGGACCUAGACUCCUCCACAUGCAUUAAGACUCUGGAUGAGUACAUUGACCCGCCUAGCAUCACAGUCGCCGGCGAAAAUCAGCAGUAUUUGUGUGCGUUCUUCAGCGGUACCAGCGUCAUGCGUACAUGGGAGUUGGAGGGCGGAGCUUGCAGUCUGGUUUGUGGGCGGGAGAUCUCUGGAAGGGGUAUCCAUAAGGAUGGGUCUGUGUGCGUCUCAAUCGGGUCGUCUGGAGAGAAGGUGCUCUACGCAUUCAGAAGUGACAACAAGGCAUAUGUGGUCAACGCCAAAUCGGGACAAAGGUUACAUGAGUUGAAGCCACCCAGCCAGUCAGCCUCCAUCACAGCUCUGGGGAUCUCCAAGGAUUACUACAUCGUUGUCUGUCGUUACCUGUACAUGAAGCUGUCUGAGAUUCAUCAUCUGGAAUUGUUUGAUGUCAAGACGGGGAAGUACGAGCGAGCAGUCAAAGGUUGCACUCAUGACGUGGUCAACGAGCUGUACGUCAACAGGAUGGGCUCCCAUGCCCUGUGUCUCUGCCCAUCGACACAGUCCAACACCAGUCAUAUAUCAGUCUGGAACCUAGAGACUGAGGACCACAAACACAUGGCCAAGCAUGCACAGAUGUCCACCAUGGGAGCCUGUGUCGAUCUCAGCUUCUGCCUCAGCGCCUCAAGCCAAGAUAAAUCCCUCCGCAUCUGGAACAUCAGUAAGAAGGUCAACGACCGAGAUGGCACUGACUCGAAAAGUAAGAAACGAGAAGGCGUGUCUGUCCUGGUCCCGAUGAUCAACAACCCAAGAUAUGUGGUUGCGAAGGCCAUCGAUAAUGGACCACUGAGUGUUUGGAAUGUUGUCAAGGGGAAGUGUUCUGGGAGUGCCGUUCGGAUUGAGCGGGGGUUGGUGGAUCAGCAUGACGUCUUCUUGAUCCGGAACCACAUGGCGGUGAUUUUGUCGGACCGUGGCAUGUCGUCGGUCAGUGAGAAACCAACGCCUGUGUUCCAGACGGUCUACAUGUACAACCUGAAGCUCAAGAAGUAUUACAGGAAGCUGACUGGGGUCUUUAUUGUGCCGUCUCCGGCUCAUGAGUAUCGGAUUCUUGAAGGAGAGCUUCUCUUGGGGUUGUCAGAGAGCAGGGAUCAUUUGAUUGCCUGGAGUUUGGUGACGGGUCACAUCAAGUUCCGCAUCAAGAGCAAGUUCAAGGAGCUGGAGAGAUGGCGCGGGAUGCGACGGGAGGAAGAAGAAGAGGUCUUGAGACAGUGUAACAAGAGGAGUACAAGUGCCAUGAUGACGCCUUGGGAUCGCCGGUCAGAAUCCUUGACAGCUAAGCAGAGGAGGCGAGAUAGUGAGUUCUGUGAGGAGAAGAAACGUCUUGAAGAUCUGCGUAAGGAGAAGGAGAAUGCUAUCGAGCAGUACGUUAUGAGCAAAGAUGAGAAGAUUAUCGUCUGCUGCUACUUCGCUCAUCACAUGUGUGUCUUUGAUGUGGAGACUCAGACUCACCUGCGGACGUUAGAGAAUGAAAGCUCGAUGUUGUACCUCUACAAUUCGGCGCUGACAGCAUCGGGAAGCUUCCUAGCUCACGCCAACUACGAUGACCAGGCAAAAUGCAGCUAUGUGACACUCUGGGAUUUGCCGAGAGGCCAGGUCCGGAAACGUAUCAAGAACGAAGCAAAUGUCUGCUGCGUGGGAAUCAACGAUGAUGCCUCCAGGGUCCUCUUCGGUAAAGAAGGCAGCAGCUUGAAAGUCUGGGAUGUCCGGCGGAAGUCCACUCUGAGGAAGCUGCGAGGGUAUAAUGGUAUGAAGCUAACGAUGGACAGCAAGAUAUUCAUGAUUGAUGACGGGGCUAGGGCUGUUGUCUUUGCCAACGACAUCUCUCUCUGGGACUUGGAUCGGGCGAUGUUAAUCGCACUCUUCACUCCAGACAUCCGGAUAACAUGUGUGGAGGUAGUUAUGGGUGGUCAGCUGAUCGUAAUGGGGUUGAGGGAGAACGCGGAUCUGGUAACGCUGAGGCUCCGAGGGCGGGACAUCAAGGCGGUGGAUCUUGUGUCAGGGGUCGGCGGGGAGGAACUGUUUGGGGAGACGACAGGAGAUACCACGGACGAGGAGAAUGAAGAUGAAAAUGAUGAGGAAGGAAGUGAGGUUGCCUCAACUAAAGCAUCUGAAAGGUCUUAGGACCUCAAUAUAGGACGGAGUCUGAGGAGAGUGAAAGAUGAAAAUGAUGCAAAGUAAUAAUAAUAAUAAUAAUGAAGAUUUAUAAAGCGCACAUAUCCACCUAUUAAGGCGCUCAAGGUGCUAUAAACACAAUAAAUCUAAUUUACUCAGAAAAUAAACAUAAUACCAAUAGAGAGAGAAAACAAAUUACAAAUUUUAAAAUAAGAAACAACAUAUACACUCUGUUGGUGUCUUGGUAUGUGAGGUUGCCGAAUGAAAAGCUUCAGAGAGACUAGUAUGAAAAUUGUAAUGUAUAGUAGGAGGAUGAAGAUGAAGGUGAUGAGGCGGGACAUGAGGAUGACUCAAAUAAUGCCCAAGACAUAACUGAAUAAAAGUCUUGGGAGAAAUUGAAGAAUGAAGAUGAACAAGUCGUUGUGAGAUAUUUGUUGUAGAGAGGUGUGUUCAGAUAAUCACUCCUCUUCAGACAAGGUGGUAUUGUCCCGCUUUUUACCCGAAAUGUCAUUGGAUAAUGCCAUCAGUAAGUACUAGGGGACCUUCAUACUUUUGGCCAAUCAGGAUUUGCCUUUCAAUUUAACAGCUCACUUAUUUUGUAAUUAGUAUAGAGAGCCUAUUGUAACAAAAGUAAAUAUAAACUGAAAUGUAACUUGUAAAUUAUCAUACUUGUACAGUGUAUACACUGAACAUUUUUUACAACUAACCGUGUAAAGUUUGUUAUACAAAGUGUCUUUGUUUUUUGGUUUGCUUUCAGGAUAUUUAAGACUGGUAGAAUAUUAGGACGUCUUUCACUAAAAUAAUCACUUCAAUUUUUGGAAGCCAAGUGUCAAAGCUGCAGUGAGUCAAGUAUAAUUGUCGGGGAUGAUUGAAACUUAUAUAUUUUAACUUUAAUAUAAACCGAUAGUGUUGCCUAGUUUUGCUAAUAAAAAAAAUAAAAGGACACAGAAAUCAAAAGUCCACAAAUUGAGAAAAAAAUU